CCUUAUCUGAGAAACCAAUUUCCAUUUUUUUAGGUUUUCUAUUCCUUUUACGAGACUUAUCACUCUUGUCUCUAUAUAUAUAAACUAAAGACCGCAUACGCUUUAAGUGUCAAAAGCCAGAUUAAGAGUUAAGAAACUUCAUAGUCUCUCGAUUCUCAAUUCGAUACAAAACGAAACAUGGCGAUAGAGAAACAAGAGAUUAACGAGUCGUCGAUCGGAUUCAACUUAAUCUCCGAGAAACGUCGUCAUAACAAGACCCACGAUGACAAACCCUACUUGGUCGAUUCUCUGACAUUAAACUCCUGGGCAUCACAACCAUCUACUGAUGAAAUCAUCAUCAUCGAUGACGAUGAGGAGAAGGAGGUAACCCUAGAGCCGAAGAGGAAGAAGCCGAGAUUAGGGUCUUGGUGGGACAACGUCGAAGCCGUGGACGAAUUAUGUUGCGUGGUCAAGGGAUCACCGCCGAAGGCAAAGGAGGACAAUGGUGUUGCAUCAAAAGCGGAUUCAUAUUUUUCUUCUACUGAUCUUCACGAGACGAUGGAGAACAAGAAGAUUAACGAGGAUAAGAGAUCACUACCGGAGAAGGAUAAAGACGAGAGUACUGUUGGUGAGAGUAAUACUAAGAAUAAGGGUAUGAACACGUGACGCUUGAGGAUUUAGGGGUUUCGGUGGAAGAUCUCAAGAGUGUCCCAUGGGAAGCGUUUGAAUUUGAUUCGACAUGGGAGAUUAGGUCGGAUCCAUGGUAUGGUGGAUACAUGGAAGACUUGUCUCUCUUUGAUUUUAAUUCCCACACUUAAUUGCUUCUUUUUAGUCUAUGUUUUUUUUACAGUUCUUGUAUGUUUUGCUUUGUUUGGAUGCUGGUUUUUCACUCUGCGUAAAUCGAAAUUCGCUUCUUUUUUUCCAUCAAUUC